AUGGAAAACACGCAAUCAGCAAACAUUAGGCGUGGUGUAUACUGUUUUGUGCGUAUUUCUCCUCACCCCGCAGAAACCUACGACAAAAAGUCUCUCCCGAUCUUGGUUGCAUCCCUCAUUUAUAGCUUCCAGGAAUGGCUAAGGUUUGAAUGCGAAAACAAGGGAACAUUUCGUAGGCGAAUCGAUUGUGUGGAAGAACCUCUGGACAUCAGUGCUUUACGAGAGAAAAAACUACAUUUUCUUUCUAAUUUUUCCCACCUGAGAGGAGACACUUUCCUGAGGACGUUUUCCUGCAACAAAUACAGAUGA